AAACAAAAUUCAUCCAACCGCUGCGCUGCCGGUUCGUUCAAGUUGCCGGUUCGUUCGACUCAGUGCGCGAGCAAGCGUGAUACGGAAUGAGCGUGUGGUGCGUUUUGCGCGAGCGUUGACGCUGCGAUAUAUUUUUUAUUAUUUUGCGAUUUAUACCGCCAGACUAUCAAAGUUUUGGAGUAUCAAGUCGAGAAGACAAGAAAAAGUAUUUAUUCAAAAAGUUACUUUCAUUUAGUUUGCGCAGAAUUUGACCAAAAACUGUGAAUUUCCGUAUAGACGCGAAAAAGUGAAACAUUUCGAAACAAAGGACUGUUUUGUACAUUUUCGCAGAAGUGCGAAAUUGUGUUCAAAAAUUAUUUAAAAAGGUAUCGUUUUGACAGUGAGUCGUUGCUCUGUUUAUAUUUAAAAAAAAAACCACCACGGCCAACUUGUUGGACGUAAUAUUUUUGUACUUGAAGAAGGGUAAAAAAAACAAUUAAGCAUCUAUUUUAUUAUAAAAUUAUUGUUCUAUAAAUCCAUUCGCUUAGCUAUCAUAAAUUCUAGUUAUUUAUUUCGUGGACAUUAAAAACAUAACCUAAAAAUUGCAGUGAGUUCGUCGACCCUUUAAAUUCGUGCUUCAGUGGUUUACUUCAAGAUUUUCAUCAAGAAAUCCAUAACCAUAACCCUGGAAUAAGUGUCGAGUUGGUUUUUUACAUGAUGUCUACUGCCAUAAUGCAUCAGUCUGCGCUGUACGACUUUGGUGAUCUGUUCUUGAAGGUGAGCCCUGAGUUUGAGGUCGACGUCGCUGGUCUCACUUCCAACCAGUCUCGUCCAGUGCAGACGAUGGGCGGGUCUGCGUCGCCGACGGGCGCGGGGGCGGGGGGCGCGGGGUGGGAGCACGGCGCGCUGGCGCGGGCGGCGUCCGUGCCGGCGCAGCAGCGCGCGCUGGUGGCCGGGCUGCUGGACCGCCUGGGCCACCGCCGCCUGGAGCGCACGGCCAGCGAGCCCGCGCCGCCCGCCGCCUCGCGCUACAAGACCGAGCUGUGCCGCCCCUUCGAGGAGGCCGGCGUGUGCAAGUACGGCGACAAGUGCCAGUUCGCGCACGGCAUGCGCGAGCUGCGAAACCUGCAGCGGCACCCCAAGUACAAGACGGAGCUGUGCCGCACCUUCCACUCCGUGGGCUUCUGUCCGUACGGGCCGCGCUGCCACUUCGUGCACAACGCGGAGGAGGCGCGGCGGCGCGAGCCCGCGUCCCCGGGCGGCUCGCUGGCCUCGCUGUCCUCGGGCUCGGGCUCGGGCUCCGGCUCGGCCUCGGGCUCCGGCUCGGCCUCGGGCUCCGGCUCGUACAGCGACGGGUCGCGCUCGCCGCGCUCGCCGCCCGCCAUGUCGCCGCCCGCCUUCGCCUUCCGCCGCCCGCCCACGCCCGACUCCGAGGAGGAGCGCCUGCCCGUGUUCAACCGGCUCGCGUCCGCCUUCGGGGACCUCGUCAUCGCCUAGAGGCCCCCGCCGCCCGUCUUCCAGCCGCGCCCGUCCCGUCGGCGCGCCGUCUACACACCCGCUCAACGAAUGAUCUCCAGUUUGUCGAUGCUCUUUUAUAACUUCACCCUGUAAUAUAUAACUUAAAAACGAAGUGGUAACUGGCGUCUCGAAAGUUUGCGGUGUGAAUAUAUAGUGGUUAUGAACGCUCUAUAUUUAGUUGUCAGCACGCACUUGUAAAUUGCACUCACAUUAAUUAGAUAUUUAUUAUGGUAGGUCGCGGAAGUCUUCCCGACGCGAUCCGCCGCCGAGCGGCGGUCUCUGUAAAGUUAGAUUGUAAAACAUUUUAUUUAUUUAGUCCCGCCGUCCUCGCCCCGUACCGCGGGGAGGCGCUCGUGAUCUAUUUUUAAGGAUUUAAGAUAAUAAUUUAUUAUUUAUUUCGAGUCUCUUUUUUAUGAAUGUUGUAGCUAGUGGCGAUGCCGCACCGCAUUCGGUCGAGGCGGCGUCGACGGGACGCGCGGCCUCGCUGGGGGCGCCUCGGGGGCUCGGGGCUCGCUGUCCUCUCUGUCCGACACCUGUCCGUCAUCGUCAGCUCGCGGCGUCGUGUCGUGGCUCCUACUUGCGUCAGUGUCGGCGGCGCCCACAGCCGGUGUCCGGUCUGGUCACACUUCCCCGCCGGCCGCACCGGGAGCCACGGCCCGCGCCGCGACGCCCCACCGCUGACACACCAGCGCAGCACCCAGCUCCCGCGGCCUCCUCAACCAACCUGUAAUAAAGCAAAGUUUAUAACGAUAUAAUAUAUGAAGCAUGUUUAUAUGAUUGUUGACGCGCGCGGGGCCCCGCUUCCAUCGCCCCGCGUGCAACCACUGAGUGCCUUCUACUUUAUGGACAAAAAUCUAUAAAAAAAAACAUAUUUAAUUUUAGUUGAUCGAGAUAGAUUGAAUGUUUAUUUAUUAUCACUUUUUGAAUUAAAUAUUCAAAUUGGCACAGUUAUUACUUUUGUACUUUGACAGAGCUAAGUGAUUAGUUUCGAUUUAGACUAGUUUUUUUUUUCUUUGAAUUUAAAGUGUGAUAUUUUUAUAUUUAUAACAAAGUUUCAAUUUUAAUUAAGGGACCAAUAUAAGUGAUUAGGAGAAAUUCUGAUAGAUCCAGAUACGCUUUCGAAUCUUAUAACAAAGAGACUGUUUCCUCGCGCCAAGACAUCGAUAUGUUCAAUAAGAAAGAUCUUUUGUAUCCAUUAAAGUUAUAUUCAGCCAUUCUUGGUAUUUUGUUUGAUUGUAGCAGCUAGCUAGAACCUAAAUGGUUUGUUUUUGUUUUUUAUUUUAUUUGUAUAAUUUCAGUUUUUCUCCAUUUCAUAGUAAGUCGUUGCAUGGUGACACUGAAAGAUGAUAAUAAUUUUGUACCUUAAUAUUAAGUAACUAGUUUGUAAGCAUUCAGUGUUCGCGAAUAUUAUUUAUUAUCAGUUCAUUACGAAGUAUAAACCAUUUAAGCUGAUUUAUUUAAUUUCUUUUGUAUUUAAACAACAUUUGAGUACUAAAGAUUACAUACCUACAUUGUGUAAACCUUAAGCUAGUAAUAUAUCAUGAGUCAUUUAAUAUAAUAGACAUUAGGUUAAAGUCUAGUACCUAUUAUCAGUUGUAAUUAAGUAUUUAAUUUUUUUAAUUUAAUUUCAAUUAUAACUUAAUCGUAAACUUCCAAAAACAUUGACUACGUAUAUUCUUUAUUACGGCCAAGACAAAUUAAAGCCUAAAGCUUGUUUAUGACAUUUUCUUAUAAGUUUUCCUUAUUUCCAUCUGCAUUUUUAUUGAAUUAUAGUCAAAAUAUGUUUA